AUGUUCUCGUGUAGUAUAUGUGAUAAGACCUUUACUCGGAUCAGUAGUCUACACAGACAUACCAAGUCACACGAUGUUUCCAACAAGAUUUCAUGCAGUAUAUGUUCAGAAAUAUUCACACGGAGAGAUAGUAUCAUCAGGCAUAGCAAGGAUAAACAUCGUUCAAAUAUUGUAAUUCAACAACAACCAACCAUAACCAAGCAAGAAAUUCAAGAUUUUUUUACACCAGCUGAACACAUUUACGAUUAUAAUGUUCAAUCUCGCAAUGGUCAGAAGCGCUCAUAUCAUACGGAAAAUUCGAAUGAAGCAGCAAAUACUAAAAAGACACGCAUGAGAAUCGUCAAGACACAAGGGUUCAUUAAGACAGGCACAUCGUUGUCGAAUAAAAUCAAUUGGUAUUACGUGAAAAAUACAGAUAACUUGACCAACUACAGAACAUUUUUAGAAUCAACAAAAAAAGACUUAAUAGAACUACUCAAGUCACUAUCAGCAAAACAACCAAUUAAAUAUAAUCUUAAAUUAGAAGCAACAUAUGAACGCCCGAACGUAGAAAAUUCAGCAGAGAAUAGAGCAUUUAAGACCUCAGCUAAGGAAAUGUUUAUAGAUACAGAUAUUGAAGCUAAAAUUAAUCAAGAUUUUGUCAACCUUUUGCUUGAAGAAGAAAUGUAUACUUCUAAAGGAAGUGGAUUUACACUACAAUCAAUAGAUGGUUUACUGUUAGGCAGUGCCGCAACUUAG